UUUGUUAUCGUCGUCUGUAGUCUGUUUUCAUGCAAUUUUCUGGAUAAAUUUUGCAUGUGCCUUGUUUCAAAAGUCUUAGCGUCGCAACAACUUGCGUUCAAAAUGUUACUGUGAUGACGUCUUUUCGAUGAAGUAAUUAAAGUUGAUGUUUUUGGCUGAGAAUGUUACCUGAGGUUGCGGUUUGAGGAUUUUUAUCAAAAUGACUGGUGAACUGUCAACAUCCCACCUUCUUACCAUUCUUAAAGCCUUUGUUGUAUUUAAUAUUAUUGUAACAUCCCAUGCUGAAAAAUAUAACCUCUAUGGUAAACCAGGUGAUGGAUAUUACCUAGAAACUCUUAUUGGGACACCUCCUCAAAGUUUCAAUGUCCUUGUGGAUACUGGCAGUACAAAUUUUGCUAUAGCAGCUGCACCUUUCCUGAGUGUGGACUCGUAUUUCAAUAUGUCAUUGUCAAGUACUUUUGUCUCUCAGCAUCAGGAAGUAUCAGUCAUGUACACACAAGGUUAUUGGAAGGGAGAGUUGGGCAACGAUGUUAUUGAAUUCCCUUCCCUUGAAAUUCCUGGCAUCAGAACUGCACUAGCUGCCAUUCAAACGUCCCACAAUUUCUUCCUCAAUGGAUCUCUGUGGCAGGGUAUCCUUGGGCUUGCAUAUCCUAUGAUUGCAAAGCCAGAUGACAAAGUUGUUUCGUGGUUGGACUCAUUUGCUGCUUUAAAUAAUUUCAAUAUUGCAUUUUUACUGGAGCUUUGUGGAUCAAAAGAUGGAGAAGACUCUCAUGUGGGAAAGUUUACCAUGUUACACUCAGAUGACAUACCACAUCCUCCAGUUUUAAAGUCACCCAUUAUUCGAGAAUGGUUCUAUGAGAUUUUGCUGACAAAAAUUGAAAUAGGUGGUGAGGUUGUUAAGUUACCUUGUCAUGAACUGAACACCCGUCGCACUAUUGUUGACAGUGGUACAACAAAUUUACGGUUACCAGAAAAGGUAUUCAACAAUGUUUUGGAGCUGCUACAUAAGCAAGUUCCCCAAAACUUGUCAGAAGAAUUUUGGACACAACAAAAAGUGACUUGUAUUCAUGAAGAUUCAGAUCCCCACCACUUAGAUCUUCGACACUAUUUCCCCCUUGUUCGACUGUCUCUUAUGCAGACAGCUCAUUCUUAUUUUACACUUGAAUUAGAGCCCAAGUCCUACAUUCGACGUGUUGAAGGGCCUGACCAUACUUACUGCUACAAGUUUGGCAUACAACCAUCUGAUUCUGGUUCAGUACUUGGUACUGUUGUAAUGCAAGGCUUUAAAGUAGUUUUUAAUCGUUCCGAUAAGACAGUAGGAUUCAUGACAUCUCUGUGUGGUCCAUCAGUGAAUAUAUAUGGACCUACAGAAGUAAAAGAAGAUCUCACUAAAUGUGCCCAUCAGCCCCCAUCACCAGUUCUAGGGGCUCUUGCAAUUGUGGGUUAUGUUGUAUCAGUGUUGUUGAGUGUUGUAGCAGUAAUUGUUGUCUACUUUCUUAUCAAGUGGUUGUGGGAAUCAUACCUUCAAAGACCAGAUUGGAGUUCUGUCAGCCAGUCAAAUUUGCUGUCUCAAGAGUGAAUGUUGUCACAUGCUCACAUCUCGCCUUAAUUUUCUAAAAGGGCUGUAUGUGAGAUGCAAUCAUUAUCGUGUUCUUUCUCUAAAACAAUAUCAAAAAGUGAUAAAUAUUUUUUACUUCAUCACUUGCUGACAAAUAAGAUAGUUUUGUUUUUGUGUGGGUUAAGAGUUGAAGCAUGGAUUUGAUCCAUGGGUUUUAUCUGAAGGUAGCUUCUUUUUCUUUGUGAUUUUUUUUUCAUGUUAAUUACACUUAUGAUAAUUUUCAUGUCUUUGACGCCGUCUAGUCUUGCUUGUUGGACCAUGUUUAUUCUAAUUUAUGAAUAAUAUAAAACAACAUUCCAUGAUGUACUUCUACGAAUGGGUGAAACUUUUAUGAACAACCCUUGCCUUAAAGGCUCAGAGGCACCUGUGGUGUAGGCACAAAAGUGGUUUAAAUGCUUUUUUUUUCCAAUUUUUUUUUGUUUGUUCCAAAACUUUUGGAUACUUUACCAUUAGUGAUGCUCUAGUCAUUUUAAUCUGAAUGUUGUGAACAUUAUAACUAAAUAUUAAUUGCUGUGAGUGUCUUUUAAAUAACAUACAAUCGUAAGAAAUUAUGUUGGACACAUCCUCUCAGAUUGGUGCUUUUCUUAAUUUUGUGUACAAUUGGACUGUUAAAAUUUAUUGAUAUCUAACUUUAUUCACUGUGUUGUGCGUUUCUAUAAGUAGGGGGUUGAAUGCUCCAUAGGUCUCCUUCAUUGUUAGUGCAAAUGCCCUGGCAAAAAAUGUGACUGAUUAUCUAGUCCACUGUGUCAUUGUGGACUGAGUUAGUGAGAUUGUCAUCAAUGAAAUUUUGUCUCUUAAGUUAAUUCUAUUGUUGGUAAUGGUAAGGGUUCUUCAGCUUUUUUUUAAUGGCUCUAGAAGCUUUUUCCUCCCAAGCUUGCCCAUUAGAUAGGUAUGGGUAGGAGCUCGCCCAAAUAUUGAUGCAUUUCUGUAGAUGUAUGUACAACUGGCAUCAGUUUCCAUACGAAUUCUCAUAUCUGACUGUUAAUACUUAUAAAAUUAGAAAUACUCCUGUAGAUUUUUCUUUCUUGAAAUUACUGAAUGGAAUAUUGUAUGAUAUAAUAAUUGUUGAUUGAUGUCUGUUUUCAUUGUUUCCUCUAUCAGUCCAAAUGAGUAAUAAUUCAAUGUCAUUGAAAUGUCACUUUUGAGGCUGUUUGUAUUAUGUGAGCAGUAUGCUCAUCGUUUCUUGCAUAUCAGUAUGUCUGACCUUUUCGCUCUUUAGCAAAUCACAGAAAGCUGCUGCUGCCUUAAUUUAUGUCUGCAGCUUUCUUAGUUCUAUUAAGUUGUGCCAAGAUGCUAGAUCAUUACACUAAGUGAUGGCUGAACAGGGUAUUUGUCUUAUUAGUUUUAUUAUAUGUAUACCUAAAUUACUUGUGUUUCACCAAGUAAACCCCCUAUGUAAUCUGUAAGAUUGUGAGAAAAUAAAAUCUUUGUGUGAUAGCAACCAUGACAAA